CAAACGGAACAGCGUCGAGAAAACAACGCAGCAGCGACAACAACAACAAUAACAAAAAGCAAUUUGAAAAGCCAUCAUUCUUUCGGUUGGGCAAUAUGUGCGCGGGUGCAGUGAGAAAGAGCACGUUAUGAAUUUAAUUGGCCGCAUUGCAUUUCCGUUUGCUACCAAGUGUGAUUUGCAUGUGCAACAACUACGCGACUGCUCCCCCUAAAUCAAACGGUGACUGUGCCACUUAGUGCCUGUGUGUGUUCGUGUGCGUGUGUAUGUGUAUGUGUGUGUGUGUGUGUGUUGGUGAAAACUCUCAAUAGAUUCAAGCUCAACGAAUCGAUUCGACAGCAGAUAGUUGCCAAAAAACGCCACUGACAUGUUGAUUGAGCCGAGCUUGAACCGUGACUUUGGCUCGCUAACUGCUGCAGGUUCUGGCAUCGCGACCGCACACUGGAAAAUGGAGCCACAUCCCCAACGUCUGCCAUCGCUGCCACCGCACGCGGCCAGUGUGGCGUCGGCAUCAGCAACAGCAGCAGCGCCAACGAUGACAACAACAGCACCAACAACUGUGCAAAUACCGCCAGGUUUCGGUUCUGCUGCCAAUAACAAUGUUGGCCCAACAGCGGCAACAGCAGCCGCCGCGGCGGCAGCAGCAGCGGCAACUGGCAGUACGCUCGGCGCUUUGAUGUCGCAGCACCGACUAUUGGAGUUCUCCCGGUUCGGUGGCCUGCGGGGAUACGAUAUUGCCCAACAUAUGCUCACACAGCAGGGCGCCGUCUCCAAACUGUUAGGUUCGUUGCGACCACCUGGCCUAAUUGGUGGCUCCAAGCCAAAAGUGGCCACGCCAACCGUCGUCUCCAAAAUUGAGCAGUACAAGCGCGAGAAUCCAACGAUCUUUGCCUGGGAGAUACGAGAGCGUUUAAUCUCCGAAGGUGUUUGCACUAACGCAACUGCGCCUUCGGUAAGCAGCAUUAAUCGCAUCCUGCGCAAUCGUGCCGCCGAGCGGGUGGCCACCGAAUUCGCACGCACUGCUGCCUAUGGUUUGUAUCCACCGCCACCGCAUCCCUACGGCAGUUUCACCUGGCAUCCGGCCAAUGUGCCUGGAGGCUCACCAGUGCCGCCGCCGCCCUCCGCCCUCUGGUCUGUUGCUGCGCCCACGUUGGCCAAUCUGCCUCCAAGCGCAGGCAGCGCCAAUCCAAACAGUCUGAGUUUGAGCUCAGCAAAUCUGCUGAGCAGUGGAGCUCCUGCAAUGAAUCGAGCUAUCUCACCAGGCUCGGGCAGCCACGAAACUCUGGAAUCGACGGAUGAGAAUCGUCAAAUCGAUUCCGAUUAUCUGGACGAUGAUGAUGAGCCCAAGUUUCGACGCAAUCGCACCACCUUCAGUCCCGAACAGCUGGAGGAGCUGGAGAAGGAGUUCGACAAGAGUCAUUAUCCGUGUGUGAGCACACGGGAGAGACUCUCCAGUCGCACCAGUCUCAGCGAGGCACGCGUUCAGGUUUGGUUCUCCAACCGACGAGCGAAAUGGCGUCGUCACCAGCGCAUGAAUCUGCUCAAGCGACAGCGUUCCAGUCCCGCCAAUCCGCUGCACUCGCAGCAGUCGAAUGACGGACCGGUCACCAGUUCUCCUACGCCCAGCAGUCACAGCAACGCUUCGGCACCAACCACCCCACAUGCUCAUCCAUCGGUUCAUUGUGCGGAUUCGCAAUUAGCAGCGGCUCAAACGCCGCCUUCCGUUAUGAUGCAUCCGCUGCAUGCGCUCCCGCCGGGCCCACCAGGACACCAUCAUCAUUUGCCCACACAUCCAGCAGCGCUGCAGCUCUUCAGUCACUAUCAUCAGCAACAGCAGCAACAGCAACAACAACAGCAGCAGCAGCAGCAACAACAACAACAACAUUCGCCUACGUCGGGUGGCGUCUGUGGUAGUCCAACGUCUGGACUUUCGAUGGGCGGGGAGCGUAGCGCCUUUCGCAGCCUGGUGGGCUCGCCCUCUGCGGCUGCCUUCGCUCUGGGCCUGGCGCGUCAAUAUGCCGUCGCCGCCUCGCUGACUGUUGCGGAGGAGCAACGCACCCGUCUCCACUACGCCGGAGAGUGUGCAGCGUCGGGCGGUGGCACUGUGAAUGUGGACAACUCCUCGUCAGAUUCGGAUGAGGAAAUCAAUGUGCACGACGAUUCCGAUGCUGAAAUUGAGUCGCCAGUGGCGGCAAAGGUGGGACGCAUGUCAUCCUCUGAUGCACCGACGACGACAACGUUGCAGCUCCUAAAGCAUGACCGGUAGGGGCACUGCUGUUACUAUACUACUAUGUAGCUUCUAAUUAAAAACUUGAGUUGUGUGCGCGCAUGUGAUUGACAGCAACAGAGUCCCCUCUCAAAAGCGAGGGGUGGGGCGGUUGGGGGCGGCGACAUUUCUGUUGCGCUCUGUAACUUGAGACACGGUGACGGCGACGGUGACGGCGACUGCGAGAGCCACUGCGACAUUGUAGGCAUAAAAAAAAUAAAUAGAAAAAAAGCAACAAAUCGAAAACCAAAGUUAAAAUGCUGCUCACCCACUUGGCUGCGGAUCGUACACUUAGAAAAAAAAUUGAUUAAUUAAUCAGAUGGUCCUUUUCGAUAGA